UCUGCUUGCCGGAAGUUGUCACUAGCUUGAGGUGAAUGAGAAGUGGAGAAGCGUUCUAACGUGACCACGCCGGCUGGAUAAAAUAUUACAUUUUUACCAAGCUUGAUCUAAGAAGAUCUGUUGUGUUAUCAUGGCUGACGAUGAAGGAUUUGUUGUCCGUGUUCGGGGUUUGCCUUGGUCGUGCUCUACGGAAGAAGUAUCCAGGUUCUUUGCUGGCUGUAAAAUUGCCAACAAUGGAACAGCCAUUCACUUCACAUACACACGAGAAGGCAGGCCGAGUGGAGAAGCAUUUGUGGAGCUGGAGUCAGAGGAAGAUCUUAAACUCGCGGUCAAAAAAGAUAGAGACACAAUGGGACACAGAUACGUAGAAGUAUUCAAAUCAAACAAUGUGGAAAUGGACUGGGUUAUGAAGCACACUGGUCCGAACUGUCCAGAGACCGAGGGAGACGGGUUGGUCAGAUUGCGCGGACUCCCUUUCGGAUGUAGCAAGGAAGAGAUUGUGCAAUUUUUCUCAGGGUUGGAAAUCGUGCCAAAUGGGAUAACAUUGCCGGUGGACUUCCAGGGGAGGAGUACGGGGGAGGCCUUCGUGCAGUUUGCUUCACAGGAUAUAGCUGAAAAGGCUCUAAAGAAACACAAGGAAAGAAUAGGGCACAGGUACAUUGAGAUCUUUAAGAGCAGUCGAGCUGAAGUGCGGACACAUUAUGAGCCUCCGCGUAAAGGCAUGGGGAUGCAGAGACCCAGCCCUUAUGAUCGACCCAGCGGAGGAGGCCGAGGCUACAAUGGCAUGAGUCGCGGUGGGUCGUUUGAUCGGGUCAGACGUGGAGGAUACGGUGGAGAAGUGUCAGGUGGGCGUUACAGUGAUGGUGGUAGUUUUCAGAGUACCACUGGUCAUUGUGUUCACAUGAGGGGUCUGCCUUACCGGGCAACAGAACCUGACAUUUACAAUUUUUUCUCUCCUCUGAACCCGGUGCGUGUGCAUAUUGAGAUCGGUCCAGAUGGGCGGGUGACCGGAGAGGCAGACGUCGAAUUUGCAACCCAUGAGGAUGCCGUGGCUGCCAUGUCAAAGGACAAGGCAAAUAUGCAGCACCGUUAUGUUGAGUUGUUCCUGAACUCAACAGCAGGGGGCAGUAAUGGAAGCUAUGGAGGGCAAAUGAUGAGUGGAAUGGGAAACCAGUCAUCUUAUGGACACGGAGGGCAACAGAUGGGUGGGGGCUACACAGGAGGGUACAACAACCAGUCCAGCAUGGGAGGCUACAAUGACUACAACAGCCAGAGCGGAAUGAGUAGCAGUUACUAUGGUGGAAGCCGUGGCUCUGUCGGUAUGAACGGUAUGGGAGGAGGCUGGGGCAUGUAGAGGCACCUAAAUGAAUACAAUUGGGAAGAACCAGAAUCACUCCUAACCACCUGCAUCCUGAUCCUCACCCCUGGAAUCAGUAUUAUAUUUUUUGCAAGUCCUGUGGGGUUCAGCUGUUGAACUCCAGUCAUUACCUUAUUAGUUAUAAUUGUACUUGUAAAUAUCUUUCAAUCGUUUCCCUCUUCACUUCAGAGACUGUUGAACACUGACCGUGCAUGGCAUGUGGUGUUUCGGCUUCACUUUUUAUAAGGAAAAGCUUUGUUGAAACUGCUUUUUAAAAAUAAACUGGAAAAUGUU